UAAUUACUUUUCAGAAUUCUCCGGAAGCAUGGACAACAACACAGCACUCACCUUCACCAUGACCGUGUACGCCAUCAUGGACGACCACAGAACCGGCUUCUUUUUCCUUUUCCUCCUGUUGUACGUGGUCAUCGUUUUCCUAAACGGGCUGCUGAUUAGCCUCAUCCUGCAGAACAAACCGCUGCAGCAGCCCAUUAAUGUGUUUGUGACCAUGUUAUGUUUCAACGAAAUCUACGGCAGCAGCUCCAUGCUGCCGUCAGUCAUGAGCGUGCUGCUGACCCACAGACAUGAGAUCAGUGUCAAGUGGUGCACGGCUCAGGUGUUCUUGCUGCACACCUACGCCUCGGCGGAGUUUUGCAUAUUGGCUCUCAUGAGCUACGACCGCUUUGUCGCCAUCUGUUACCCGCUCCAUUAUAACACGAUCAUGUCCCAUCCCAAGAUGAUGAAGCUGGUGGUGUGCGGGAGUCUGUAUCCGUUCAUUGUAUUUGGCGCUUUUUUCUCUCUGACCGCACAGCUGCGCUUCUGUGGGAAAACCAUGCCGAAGGUGUACUGCGUCAACAUGGAACUGGUGAAAAACGCCUGUUCUAACGCGUCACACAUAAGUAUUGUGGGACUCGUGUUGAUUUUGUUUCUUGUUCUCCCUCAGGUUUUAAUGAUCACUUUCUCUUACGGUCACAUAGCGAGAGUGUGUAGGAAAUUACCCAAAAAAUCUCAAAGCAACGCUCUAAAAACAUGCAUACCACAUUUAUUAUCUUUGCUCAAUUACACCAUCGGGUCCAUGUUUGAAAUUAUCCACACCAGGUUGAGUAUAAGUCGCACUUCUAUGCAAGUACGCAAUUUUUUGUCGUUAUAUUUUGUCAUCAUCCCCUCGGUUGCUAACCCGGUGCUGUAUGGAAUGGGAUCUCAUAUUAUUCGGGUCCACAUCAUAAAGCUGUUGAUUAAACAUAGGAUGCUGCCGUCAAAGGUGGCGAAGAAAGUGAUAACAGCUUAGCCCUUUUCAGUCGCAUACUAAAAAAGGAAAGUAUUCGGGGGCCGUUUUAAUAUUUUUUUAGAUGUUGUUUUAAAGCGUGUGAAGGGCCGUGCCCCUCCUCACUACGGUGCAUGCUUAUGUUUUUUCCCUAAAGCCAUAACCACGGUGAACUCUCAUAGACACUGAUUUUAUGGUUUAGCACCUCUCUGUGUGCAAUUUUUCCUUUCCACCCAGUCUGAAUUCUUCUGUAUAUAUGUAUAUAGUAUAAUAUUUAAACAACACAUUCAGAACAUUCCUUCUCAGGACUGGACUGUGCACCUUACCUCCUUUUGCACUAUUUUUCGUUUUAUUUCCUUCCUAUGUUUUGCAUAUUUAUGGUUGCUUUUUAAUCAGAACCAGAAUCACAAUCAAAAUAGCUUUUAUUGCCAUCGUUUGAGAACGGGUUCAUGAACUAGGAUUUUUUUCUUAGUGCAAUCGUGCAACAUAAAAUAUAUAACACAGAAUAGGUAAGAAAAUGAGCUGUCCCUGAGGUAUCAGACCUUAUUAUUGUUCAUGUGCCUGCUGGCCGAGGGCUUCUCAUUGCACCUGUGUAUAUAAUGACAAUGAAAGGCAUUCUACUCCAUUAUAACACAAUUUUAAAUGUUUUCAAUUUCAAACUGUGCAUCCCUUUGAAAUAAAUGUUUCACAUAAGUAGAAUCUUUACAGUAAUUAUGUGUAUUUAGUCAUUUAGUAUACAUGUUUAGGUUAUCAUAUUCAACUUAUAAAGCAACUAUACAACUACUUGGACAUGAGGUAAAAAGUUGCAUAGCCAGGUGAAAUCCACACUAUUUUAAAAGACAUUUCCGACUGGAUACGCAACUUGAUUCCUCAUACCACAGAUACUUUGUGCUGCAAAGUUACAUGCAUUUUAAGAAAAAAAAACGUUGCUAUGACAAGUCUGAAAAAAUAGGUGCGGUAUAAAGCCCAAUGUGAUUGUUUU